AUGGCUCUGCCUCUGAAGUCCUUGAGUCGGGGCUUGGCAAGUGCAGCAAAGAGAGACCACGGAGGGGCAGGAGCCAGCACCUGGCGCCUCCUGACCUUCGUGCUGGCGCUGCCCAGCGUGGCCCUCUGCACCCUCAACUCCUGGCUCCACGCAGGCCACCGUGAACGCCCCAAGUUUAUCCCUUAUCACCACCUCCGUAUCCGCACCAAGCCCUACUCCUGGGGAGACGGUAACCACACCCUUUUCCACAAUCCCCAUGUCAACCCUCUGCCCACUGGCUAUGAACAGCCCUGAGGCCCAGGCAGAUGCCACCAGGUGCAAUAAAGGGUUUUUCUUCGAGUCAAAGUCCUG